AUGCGCAGAGGGCACAACCAUUCGCACGAGAACUCCAAGCGGGGGAGGCUCUACGAAAGUGGGUUCAAAGUAUGCGCCACUCAACAAGUUCCCGAAGCCUUCGAAUUUCAACAUGCAGCUAUCCAACUCAUCCCAGGCUUCAUGACCCGCGACGGUGCUUGCACGGCCUGCACCAGCGCGGCGGGCUGGCUCAGCGUGGAGGGAAAAAGCUGCCGGGAGCUUCCAGCUUCUGGGUGUAGCGACGAGAAGGUGCGCGGUCAGCCCCUUGGCGCGGAGUUGCAGGUGUUUGUGGAUGAAUGGGGGUACCGGUUCGGGAUGCUUUGGAUGUUUGGCAAGCAUUGUCGGUCCAGCAAUGAGGCUUGCUGCCAGUGCGGUGGCGGCCUGGUCACGCCCACGCCCUUCUCAUACCCCAACCGCCGUUGGACGUCACACAAGAAGCAACAGAACAUGGAGGUCUUCGGCCCUGCCCCGGACUCCAACAUUGUGCUGAAGCCAGAGCCCCGAACAGCAGAUCGCUACACGGUGGAUUCCAAGUGCGAGCUGGCUGUUCACAACUUGACCAUUGCGACUGUGACGGUGGCCGCCGAUGUGGUGAGUUACAGCUCCGCCACGCUGCUCUUCCACAAAGGCUCUGGGCUCGGCUCCAGUCCAAAGGGGGGGAAGUGGCCCAUGGCCCGUGAUGGCCUUGGCUUAAAAUCCAUCCAGCAAGCACAGGCUUCCUUUGAGUACUCAGGAGGCGCCUUUGCUCACGGGCGCGAACUGGUUGCUUGGCUCGCCAUCGACAAGGCCAGUGGCGUCCUCCGCUACGUGGAUGGCGCUGGGGGAGGCGUCUCGGUGGCUGAUGACAAGUUCUUCGGCCAGGAUGGAGCUGUCUGCGGUGUCACAGCCAUGCAGAACAACCACAAGUAUGACCUGGGUGUUGUCGCCGUGACCAUCGGAGAGGAGUUGCACCCGCUGGCGCCGAAGCCCCACAAGGAGCAAGGCGUGAUGAAGCCAUGGCAACCCGGCGAGAAGGUCUCCUCUUUUCGAGCCCGCAUUUUGUUUCUUCGCGUCAUGGGGGGGACCUACAACAUGGACUGCGACGUCAGUGGCGCCAGCAAUCAGACCCAUUUCACGUUCGACCGGGUUCUCAGCAUGGGGCUCCUAUCUGGGCACCCCGUGCUGGACAUCACGUCGGAGGGGGAGAUCACGGUGGCUCCCUCCCCCACCCUUGGCUCAGUCUUUGAUGCUGCGCCUUCGACGGGAUCGGAAAGAAAGGCCAUCACUCUGGCUUGCCGCGUUUUCGGUAUCUUUCCCGACAUGAGCCUCGCUCCAGCCUUCUGGAUGUAUGAUUACUGUCAGGCUUUUGGCGAUACGCUGCGGCAAGUGACAAAGGCUCAGAUGGCAACCUUGUUUGCAUGCCGGGAGGGUUCUUGUUUGGUUCAGGCGGUGGCGGUGGUGGAUGCCAUUGCCACUUCUGAGGCACAGUGCCGCGCACGCUGCCGUGCAGACGAAACCUGCGCUAAUUACAAGUUCGACGCCAAGUGCCAGAGGUUCGACGUGCAGUCGGAUGGCCAGCCCGUAUCCGUUUUGGCUAAGGUCACCAAUUGCACCAACGAGGGGACAUGCAUGGAAGUCUCCGACUCCAAGUGGUUCCUGGCGGGCACGUAUUGCCCCCUCGGACGGGAUGUUGCCAAAGGCGGCAUCGUGUAUCUCCGAGAGCAUGCCACGACGCAGGAUGUGUUCUACCUGCGCGGGGCGCAGCAAGGAGACGGAUGUGGUGAUGGAGAGUGGGCCAUACUUGCCCCCUCGGCUCGCGACUUUAUUGACAAGGCCUUGGGCAUCUUCGAACUGCGUGGGACCAAGAGCGAGUGCGUUCCUGCCGCCUCCGUCCACCAAGCUGUGCAACAAUGCCAGCGCUUGGUAGACGAUGUGUUUAAUCCAGCCAAAAGAGGCUUUGAUCCGCUUAGCGAGUGCAAUUCGUCGUGGGUGCUGAAAUUCGUGGAAGAGCAGGCUGUGACCACAUUUUGGGUUUUGAAGCUUGGGGAGGAGGACAAAGAAGGUCAAGUCGCCCUCAUCCUGGAUGACCCAGGGUCGAUCUACGCAGAAGCAUUGUGGCGACAGGGUGCCCCGACCGCUUGGGGUGCAGAGUUGCCUGUGGCGAACAGCAGCAACAAGUUCAUUCCAACACCAUAUGAUAUCGUCACCGGCCAGCUGACGUGCCCGUCAAGACAGCUCAUCGAAGGCGGAGUGGGCAUCCACUUCCAGUCAGAGGAAGAGGUGCUGGAGCCCUCAGACUGUGAAGCACGCUGCCGCGAAGAGUCCACAUGCACGUUCUUCUGGACGGGCUCCCAGCAUGGUGCUGCCACGUGCCGACUCUUCACUGGCUGUGACAAUCUGGUCCGUGAGUUCAGCCUUGAGGGCUCUCUGAAGGCCAUGCCACGAGAGAGCAGCUGCGCGGUGGCAGAUGCCAACAAGUGUUGGGCCACCACCCUACGCAGGAGCUUCCUGACCAUGGCCUUCAACCCGAACGGUGCGGCAGACACUGUCAAAGCUGGCACUAGCCUGAACCUGCCACCCAAACCUGCUGAUCCUACGUCGGAGGGCAUGGUGGCCUGGUUCAAGAGCGAGAACGCUGGCUCCCUUUGGGCAAGCGAAGUGGGAGACUUUGUUGGGAGGUCCGUGGCGAACUCGGUGUACCGCAGAGUUGAAGGAGGCUAUGGCGCAGACCGCCCUGUGACGUACCUCUAUGGAGGCAAUGGUGCGAAAUACGACUUCGGCUUAGUUCUGAAGCCGACCUUCACGCUCUGCUCAGUCACUCGUUACGUAGGUGGCCGGCGCCAGAGAAUUCUCCAGUCCAGGGUCAACUUCUUGCAUGGCCAUUGGAUAAACAGAGUGGGUGUUGCGUUCUACAACGGCAAAUGGGCCACCAAACACGACAUUCAGUACAACACCGAAGAUUGGCUGGUGAUGUGUGGAACCAAUGGGGCACAGAGAGUCAUCAGCGACAUGUCCAACUCAACCAACAUUGCCACAUCUCAGGGCAACAAGUUGAGCAAGGACGAGCCACUGUAUAUCAACAAAGGAAUCGACAACGACAAUUCGGAUUUCGGUGUCAUGGAAGUCCUCACCUGGGACCGCGCACUCUCAGAGGAUGAAAUGAAGGUUUUGGAGACCAAUGAGCACCUCUCUCGCUUUCACGAGAAUAACUUCUACUCCUUCGGAGAGCAAGACCUGAGCGGUGUCCAAGACCAGACAUUUCAGGCCAACCUGGCUAAUGGCUAUACAGCUGAGAUGACGGGCUGGACGCACACCAGAACGUAUGGGCAUGGAUUCCUUAGAAACCAAGCUGGCCCUGCAACAGUUGUCGUGAAGGGCUUGACAGCCUCAGCGAAGUACCUCUAUGAGUUGUCCAUGGUUAGUACGCUCUCCAGCCAUGCUGGGCAGUGCAAGGUCUCCGUGAACCAUGGGCCAGAGUCGCAUGCGAGAUCCGGAAACUGGAUUGUUCCAAGGCUGUCCGGCGUGACCACUGCAAACCCUCGAGGCGAGAUCACCUUUGAGUUCCAGAAAAUCGCGCAUCACGUAUACAUUUCAGGCAUCGCAAUUGCGGCAGUUACUGAUGCUCCCUCCACUCCGCCCAAGCCCUCGGAUCCACCAGCCGAGGGCAUGGUAGCAUGGUUCAAGAGCGAGAACGCUGGCUCCCUUUGGCCGAGCGAAGUGGGAGACUUCGAAGGCAAGUCCGACGAGAACUCGGUCUACCGCAGGGUCGCCGGAUGCUAUGGUGCAGACCGCCCUGUGACGUACCUCUAUGGAGGCAGCGGCGCAAGGUUUAACUUCGGAAAGGUUCUGAAGCCAACCUUUACCAUCUGCUCUGUCAGCCGCUACCAUGGUGACAAGCGUCUCCGAAUUCUCCAGUCAAACAAAGGCCUCAACCUGUUGCACGGCCAUUGGUCAGGCAAAGCGGGAGUUGCGCACUACUCGAAGUGGGUUACCAAGCACAACGCGGAGACCAGCGACGAGGAUUGGGUUGUGAUGUGCGGAAGUAAUGGCGCACAGAGAGUCUACAGCGGCAUGGCUAACUCGACCAACAUUGCCACAGCUGUGGGCAAGCAGCUCACAAAGGAUGAGCCUCUGUACAUCAACAAAGGCUUCAAUGAUGAGGUUUCGGAGUUUGGAGUCAUGGAAGUGAUCACCUGGGACCGCGCACUCUCGGAUGAGGAGAUGGUGGCCAGCAUGGACUACCUGAAGUGGAAGCUGAAGGCCGGGGCUGUCUUGGAGAGGUCCGAGCACAUGUCCCGCGAGUACGAGAACAACUUCGCAUUUUACGGCGACCAGAACCUGAACCAUGUGAAGGAUCAGACCUUCAAUGUGAACCUGGCCAACGGCUACACGGCAGAGUUGUCAGGCUGGACUCAUACCCGGGACCACUGCCACGGCUUCCUGAGGAACGAAGCUGGUAAGGCCACGGCAAUGGUCAAAGGCUUGACCGCAGCGGCAACUUACCUCUAUGAGUUGGACUUGUACUCAACAAAACCUGAUUGGGUUGGACAGUGCAAGAUCUCUGUGAACCAUGGGCCUGAGACGCGGGGCAGGUCUUCGUCCUGGCAAGUUCCCAGGCUCUCGGGCGUGACCAAGGCAAACCCCCGUGGAGAGAUCAUCUUCGAGUUCGAGCGCAUCUCGCACCACGUCUACAUCUCGGGCAUCCACAUUGCAAAGGUUGCACAGGGCUCAUCUUUGCUGCAAACUUCUUCCGAGACGGGAUCGGACAAGUCAGGUGCAAGCGCCGUCAGCAGUGGCUUCUAUUUCAUGCAUCUCUACCAGCAGUGUGAUGCCGUGCUUCUGCUGGGCGGGAUGGGUGUGCAGCAAUGCGCUCGCCCUGCGUACCGGGCCUUGGGCUCGCACUUGUGGCAGCACAAGAGGCCGCUUCCAGCAGUCUACGACCAUGGAGCUCUUCUGGUGGCCUCCUGCUGGGGUGAACGCUACCGACUCUUUCGGUUAGAUCGGCCCACAGCGACAGAGCGUCUUCAGUGUGUGAACGGCGAUUGGUACAACAGCUUGGGAAAGCCUGGGCUGACCGGUUUAGCCUGCGAGCCCUGCGUCCAGGUUGGGGCGGCCGGUUAUUCCACGUACGAUGGCCGAAAUGAGCAGGAGCUGUACUUCUUUAACCGCAUGGGGCUCAGCAUCUACACUGAGCUGGGCAUGGUCAAGGACGCACGUUUCGGGAGCGCAUACAGGGGAAUGAAGCAGGUCUCUCUAGAUUGGGAUAUAAUACCUAGGAAUAUGAGGGUCUGUUGUGGCCUUUGGCCCUAG